AUGCUCAGGACCGACCUUAUCAAACCACACCCUCCAACUCCACACCUCGACCGGCCUUAUCAAACCACACCCUCUCCCACUCCACAACUCAACCGGCCUUAUCAAACCACACCCUCCCACUCCACACCCCCACCGGCCUUAUCAAACCACACCCUCCCACUCCACACCUCAAACGGCCUUAUCAAACCACACCCUCCCAGUCCAUACCUCCGCCGGCCUUUUCAAACCACAUCCUCCCACUCCACACCUCAACCGGCCUUAUCAAAUCACACCCUCCCACUCCACACCUCGACCGGCCUUAUCAAACCACACCCUCCCACUCCACACCUCAACCGGCCCUUAUCAAACCACACCCUCCCACUCCACACCUCAACCGGCCUUAUCAAACCACACCCUCCCACUCCACACCUAGACCGACCUUAUCAAACCACACCGUCCCACUCCACACCUCAGCCGGCCUUAUCAAACCACACCCUCCCACUCCACACCUCGACCGGCCUUAUCAAACCACACCCUCUCACUCCACACCUCAACCGGCCUUAUCAAACCACACCAUACCACUCCACACCUCAACCGGCCUUAUCAAACCACACCAUACCAUUCCACACCUCAACCGGCCUUAUCAAACCACACCCUCCCACUCCACACCUCGACCGGCCUUAUCAAACCACACCCUCCCACUCCACACCUCAACCGGCCUUAUCAAACCACACCCCCCAAUCCAUACCUCGACCGGCCUUAUUAAUCCACACCCUCCCACUCCACACCUCAAUCGGCCAUAUCAAACCACAACCCCCCCACUCCACACCUCAACGGCCAUAUCAAACCAAAAAACCCUCCACUCCACACCUCAGCCGGCCUAUCGAACCACACCCUCCACUCCACACCUCACCCGCCUUAAUCAAAACCACAACCCUCCCACUCCAAACACCUCAACCGGCCUUAUCAAACCACACACAACCCUCCCACUCCACACACCUAACCGGCCUUAUCAAACCACAACCAUCCCACUCCACCCUCAACCUGCCUUAUCAAACCGCACACCCUCCCCACUCCACACCUAGACCGACCUUAUCAAACCACACCGUCCCACUCCACACCUCAACCGGCCUUAUCCAAACCACACCCUCCCACUCCACCACCUCAACGGCCUUAUCAAACCACACACCACCACUCCACACCUCAACCGGCCUUAUUAACCAACCCCUACCCCCCCCCACCCCCCCACUCCACACCUCAACCGCCUUAUCAAACCACACCCUCCCAUCUCCACACCUCAACCGGCCUUAUCAACCACACACUCCCACUCCACACAUCAACCGGCCUUAUCAAAACCACACCCUCCCACUCCACACCCUUAACCGGCCUUAUCAAACCACACCCUCCCACUCCACACCCCAGACCGGCCUUAUCAACCACACCCUCCCAUUCCACACCUCAACCGGCCUUAUCAAACCACACCCUCCCACUCCACACCUCCACCGGCCUUAUCAAACCACACCCUCCCACUCCACACCUCAACCGGCCUUAUCAAACCACACCCUCCCACUCCACACCUCGACCGGCCUUAUCAAACCACACCCUCCCACUCCACACCUCAACCGGCCUUAUCAAACCACACCCUCCCACUCCACACCUCAACCGGCCUUAUCAAACCACACACACCCACUCCACAACUCAACCGGCCUUAUCAAACCACACCCUCCCACUCCACACCUCAACCGGCCUUAUCAAACCACACCCUCCCACUCCACACCUCGACCGGCCUUAUCAAACCACACCCUCCCACUCCACACCUCGACCGGCCUUAUCAAACCACACCCUCCCACUCCACACCUCAACCGGCCUUAUCAAACCACAUCCUCCCACUCCACACCUAGACCGGCCUUAUCAAACCACACACCCCCACUCCACACCUCAACCGGCCUUAUCAAACCACACACCCCCACUCCACACCUCAACCGGCCUUAUCAAACCACACGCUUCCACUCCACACCCUCAACCGGCCUUAUCAAACCACACCCUCCCACUCCACACCUCAACCGGCCUUAUCAAACCAAACCCUCUCACUCAACACCUCAAUCGGCCUUAUCAAACCACACCCUCCCACUCCACACAUCAAACCACGCCCUCCCACUCCACACCUCCACCGGCCUUAUCAAACCACACCCUCCCACUCCACACCUCAACCGGCCUUAUCAAACCACACCCUCCCACUCCACACCUCAACCGGCCUUAUCAAACCACACCCUCAUACUCCACACCUCAACCGGCCUUAUCAAACCACACCCUCCCACUCCACACCUCAACCGGCCUUAUCAAACCACACCCUCCCACUCCACACCUCAACCGGCCUUAUCAAACCACACCCUCCCACUCCACACCUCAACCGGCCUUAUCAAACCACACCCCCCCGCUCCACACCUCAACCGGCCUUAUCAAACCACGCCCUCCCACUCCACACCUCAACCGGCCUUAUCAAACCACGCCCUCCCACUCCACACCUCAAACGGCCUUAUCAAACCACACCCUCCCACUCCACACCUCAACCGGCUGUAUCAAACCACACCCUCCCACUCCACACCUCAACCGGCCUUAUCAAACCACACCCUCCCACUCCACACCUCAACCGGCCUUAUCAAACCACACCCUCCCACUCCACACCUCCACCGGCCUUAUCAAACCACACCCUCCCACUCCACACCUCAACCGGCCUUAUCAAAACACACCCUCCCACUCCACACCUCAACCGGCCUUAUCAAACCACACCCUCCCACUCCACACCUCAACCGGCCUUAUCAAACCACACCCUCCCACUCCACACCUCGACCGGCCUUAUCAAACCACACCCUCCCACUCCACACCUCGACCGGCCUUAUCAAACCACACCCUCUCACUCCACACCUCAACCGGCCUUAUCAAACCACACCAUACCACUCCACACCUCAACCGGCCUUAUCAAACCACACCAUACCAUUCCACUUCACCCCCGAACUUUAA